AUGGCGGGGGUGAACGGAGACCGUAAAGGGAAGAAAGAUGACAAUGGGAUUGGCACAGCCAUUGAUUUCAUGCUUUCUAAUGCAAAGCUUGUGCUGGGGGUGGGAGGAGCAGCCAUGCUUGGCAUUGCAACACUAGCUGUAAAAAGAAUGUAUGACCGUGCCAUAAGUGCUCCCACUAGCCCCACCAAGAUGGAGCAGACUGGCAAGAGAAGCUGGGAAGAGCCUGCUUGGAUAGGUUCGUCACCACGGGUGCUGAGUCAUGACAUGAAAUCCACAGUUAGCAGGUCACUACAGUCUCUGCCCACUUCUUCACAUGCUUUUGAACCAGACUCUCUGCGUAGAGCAGUAGGUCGAGCUGCUGUGGGAGGUAAAGGAGCCACUCAGUCUGAACUGCUUAGAGCCCGGAUGCGUUUGUCCUUGCAAGAACAUCUGUGGGAAUUCUAUCAGCAUAAUGUAAUCAUUCCUACUGAGGAGCAGGCUAUGGCCAAAAGGGCAGCACUGGACAUCUGUGCCGAGCUCAGAGUCUUUCUUCAUGCCAAACUCCCUGACAUGCCCCUCAGAGAAAUGUACCUGAGUGGCAGUUUGUAUGACGACCUCCAGGUGGUUACAGCGGACCAUGCCCAGCUUAUGGUGCCUCUUAUCUUGGAGAAGAAUCUGUGGUCGUCCAUCCCUGGAGAGGACACCAUCAUGAAUCUCCCAGGUUUCUGCCUCGUUCGUAGAGAAAACUUAGAAUAUUUCCCCCGGAAUAGCAGCUACUGGGACCGCUGCAUGGUCGGAGGUUAUCUCUCCCCUAAAACAGUCCUCGAGGUCUUUGACAAGCUGGUGGCCGGCUCCAUCAAUUGGCCAGCUAUAGGGAGUGUUCUGGACUACAUCAUCCGUCCUGUGGUUCCCUCAGAAACACUGACCCUGGAGGUACAGUAUGAGACGGACAGGAAGCUGUAUGUGGACUUCUUACCAUUACUGGUGAUGGAGGACGGCACCUCACUGAUAGCUAAACCCCAUCGGCUUGCUGCAGAGCGCCAUGAAAACCUGUGGCGGCAGAGCUUCCGUGUGGCUGAGACGGCUCGGCUCAGAGCUCUGGAUCAGGAGGACGGAGGCUGCCGAUGCAUCUGCCUAAAGGUGGCAAAAGCGGUAUGCAAGCUCAACCCUGCACUCAACCGGCUCAAUGCCAGCCAGCUCACCAACACCAUUUUGUUGCUGAGUGAAAAAGAAGGCGACUGGACCCAGGAGGCACUGGCUGAGCGCUUCCUCCAGCUGCUGCGGUCACUGGUGGGACACCUUGAGGCCGGGAGGCUGCCAUGUGCCCUGAGCCCAAAAGUUAAUUUAUUCUGUGAGCUGACGGAAGAGGAAGUGGACGAGCUGGGGUACACGCUCUACUGCGCCCUCUCGGAUCCCGAGGGGCUGCUGAGAACUGCUGUGGCGCAACCACCUAGUCCCUGACAACCUUGUCACUGCACAGCAACAUGGAUGGAAAUGUCAGCCCACUGUUGUCUGCAUGGAAUCAUCCUCUUGUCUUAAAACAUAUCAUCUCUCAAUUUCUACAUGCCUGUUCACGAACAUCUUGUGAGAAAAUAUGACACGGAGUUGCAGUUAUUUGGUGUUGAUCGGUUUGACACUAAAAAAACAACAACUAUAUCAUACACAUGAAAGCAAAGGGUCAAUGGAAAUCAUGGUUCUAACCAAAACCACAACAUUGGGCAUGCUGUUGGGGCCUAAUACACUGAGAAGGAGGGGGUGAAAACCUGGAUUGAUUCAUAUGAAAUGGAUAAUGUCAUAUUUAUGCUCUUUUUAACUGGAGCGAUUAAGGAAUACAGGCAUGUCUGAUACUUUUGUGGUUAUCAUUGACACCUGUUUUCAGUUGGGCCUGUGUGAGGAAUAGAAUGUAAUGUUUGUGUGUAUUCCAACCUAAAAGCUAAUAAACUGUUGAUCAGCCCAAAGGACUCAACAUUAUUGAGGAAAAAAAACAAACGGCAGUGUUGAGCAAUUUAAUUCAUUUUUUUUUUUUUAUAAAAAAAAUUAUUUAAACAGUGACCAUGUAAUGUUCAAGAUGAUUUACAUGGCUCCUGGGAUUCUUGAAAUCAAAUUAGGCUGUUUUGGAAUAUGUGCAACUUGCAUGUGCUCACUACCUAAUCUAGGAAAAAAAAGGGGCUGAUUAUACUAAUUAAUAUUUCAAUUUAAAGCCAUUCAAGAACAGUGUGGCGUCAAAGUCUUUCUCCUCAAAAUGAAAUGGAACUUCCCAUUUGAAAGUAUACAGUAAUAUCAUUCAUGACAAAACAGAAAUGUAGCUCCAUGUUUAUCAUAGUUAACUUUGACGUGGACAGGAUAUGUUUCCAUGUGACUGUGUUUCAUAUAGAGCAGCUCUUUGUUUGUCGUGCUGAAAAGAUCACAUUUUGUUGCUUGGGUACACACGUCUGAAGAACUUCAUUAUACUUAACUUUGCACUGUCUAGAAAGAAACUAAUAGUGUUUCAUUUUGACACUUUGUAAGUGCCGUUUAUUGUUUUUUCCUUUUAUUUUUCAGUUUGUAUUCCAGCUCAGAUCCACUUUAUUUACACACACACACACAUAGACUGUUAAAUAUCAUACACACUUCUGUGGGCUGGGUGUAUUGUAGCAGGUUACGACACUUUUUUUGAAACUACAGUAUCUGAAAUCAACGAGAGACGAGAACACUGCUCUGCUGGUGAUGACUUGCAGGGGUUGUGCAUUUGUCAUGUGGUUAAUUACGUCUCAGUGUUGACCUCAGCUACUUUAUUUAUUCCAGUGAAUACAUGGAGCCAGUUCUGUAGUUUGUUUUCACCUGUUCUCAUUACAAGCACACGUUAAACUCUUGAUUAACUGAAGCUCCUGAGCUGGUCCAGUCUGUCAUUAACAGGUUGCCAGACAUGGAUUAGUGCAGCAAGUGACUGUGUUACACGGUCCUGUUAUUUGUCAGUACUGGGGUUACAUCAGCUGUGGUUGUGAUACAGAGAUUAUCACCACCAUGGGGCUGCCUUUUAUGUAACAGUCUUAUGUUAGAUUGGCUUGAUCCUCAGUGGAGCUUCAUCAAAUUAAGUUCCAUCAACUUAAUUUGUACGUCAACUGUUGCUGUGCUGCAGGAGAUAGUGGGUGGAGUCACUGCAGUACAAGUUGCUUCUCAUGAUAAGGGGAUUUAGAGAUCAAGUGUCUCAAUUCCGUAUGUUGUCAAAUCGGUUAAAAUACUCUUAGUAAUAAUGGAGAAACAGGUUAUUUUUAUAUUCAUUGUAACCAAAACAAAGUUAUUUAUUUGCACCGGUUCCAUUUUACAUGGCUUGUGCGUCUCUGGAUGUAUGGACAUCAGCGGUAGAUCUUUAUGUGCAUAUUGAGUGUCUUCCUUUCACCUAGUUUAUGCUAGAAGUUACUACUGUGCCAAUGUGAGGGAAGUCACUGUGCCUCGUGUUUUGUGUUAUUGUAUAAAUGGAACCAAAAAAAAAUGGAUCACUACCUCUACAUUGUGCAUACUCUAGCCAUAUGCUGUAUUUUUCCUUUUGUUCAGCUUUGGGGGUCAAACAGUGCAGCGCUUCAUUAAAUGUUUUAAAUGACA